CUAUUACUCCCUCCGUUCCUUUAAACACUUCCACUUUUGACUUUUGGCAAAAAUAAGGAAAGUGUAAUUUGGGUUGACUUUCCAAUUUUGCCCCUGAUGUGAUGGGUAAAAGUAAGAUGUGAUAGUUUGUUUAUUAGGGAAAAAGUAUGAUGUGAUAGGUAGGGUAUGAAAAAGUAAGAGUAAAAGUGGUUUUUUAAUAGAAAGUGGCAAUGAUGGCACAGUUUCAGGCUGCUGGGGGAACUCUCAGAGAUGCAUCAAUACGAGAAUGGGUACUUCUUGAGGAUGAUGAUAAGAGGCAUUUGAUAAGUUUUUGCCUUUGUUGUGUUUUCAAAUAUGCAAGUUCACCUGAAGGCUAUGUCAUAUCAAAAAACUGCUUCAAUUGCCGCGCAAUAGAUGAAAAAGAGUCGGUUGGUGCCUGUCUCAUCAUCUUAGUGUCUUGCCACCCACAGGCAACAAGGUACAUGUUGAGAGCUGAUUCAGUACUCAUGAAGUUGAAUGUGAUUAGGUAAAGACUGCUUUACAUGGUAUCUCAUAUCUACAAUUUUUUAUUAUAUAAAACUGAUCCGAGUAAAAAAAUGAAAUUAAUGGUAAUUU